ACUAAUUUCUGAUCCAGCAUUUGUUAGUCGAAAGAUUUUCUAUGGAGCAAAUUUAGUUGCAGUACAUCGAAGGCAAACCAAUGUGAAACUCAAUAAACCGGAAUAUGUGGGAGCAUGCAUUCUCGAUCUUUCCAAGUAUUUUAUGUACGACUUUUGGUAUAGUUAUCUCAAAAAGAAAUAUGGGGAUAAA